AUAUUGUUAUCUCUAUCUAUUGUAGGAAUGGCAGCUGCUCCAGCUGGUCUCUGCUUUCUCUCACGAAACCCCACAACCACAAGCCUCGAAUUCUCAGUUUUAAAACCAAAUGUGGUGUCUCUCCGUGCAUUCUCUCUUCGUCCUUUUUCUUCUUUGUUAUCUCGCAAAUACUAUCCUAGUCUCGGUUCCUGCAAGUGUUCCUCAACCGCUCCCCUUUCCACCACAACCUACGAGUUUUCUGAUUGUUCUUCGGAGGUGGAGUUAAGAUUACAUAUAGGAGGGUUGGAUAUCCGAAGCACAAGAGACAUCUCGGUUGAUACAAACGAUACAUCUUUAGCUGUUAAAGUGUUUCGGCAAGGAUCUCCCAUCACACUGAUAGAAACUAAUCCUCUUUUUGGCAAGAUUAAACCCGCUGAAACAAUAUGGUAUAUAGAUGAUGAUCAACUUGUUGUGAACUUCAAGAAACAGGAUCCUGAUUUGAAAUGGCCUGACAUCAUGGAGUCAUGGGAAUCACUUACUGCAGGAUCUACACAACUUCUGAAAGGAGCAUCAAUCUAUCUUGUUGGUGAUUCAACUGAAAUCAACCAGAAAGUGGCUCAAGAGCUAGCAACUGGUCUUGGGUACACGCCACUUACUACAAAAGAGUUACUGGAAACAUAUUCCAAGCAAACCGUGGAUUCAUGGGUGCUUGCUGAAGGUUAUGACUCUGUAGCAGAAGCAGAAAGCACUGUAUUUGAAAGCAUAAGUAGUCAUGUGAGGGCAGUAGUUGCAACAUUGGGAGGGCAACAGGGUGCUGCUAGAAGAGCUGAUAAAUGGCGGCAUCUGUAUGCAGGAUUUACUGUUUGGUUGUCACAGACUGAAGCAAUAGAUGAAGAUUCUGCAAGGGAGGAGACCCAUAAAAAUGUCAUAGAUGGCAAAAUUGCAUACACAAAUGCAGAUGUGGUUGUUAAGCUACAGGGCUGGGAUCCUGCUUAUGCCAAAAGUGUGUCACAGGCAUGUUUGAGUGCCCUAAAACAGUUAAUCCUGUCAGACAAGAAACUUCCAGAUAAAAAAAGCCUCUACAUAAGAUUGGGAUGUCGCGGUGAUUGGCCAAACAUCAAACCCCCAGGUUGGGAUCCAUCAACUGAAGGUGACGUAAUCUAGGAACAGAGUAAUGAUUCUUUUAAUAAGUGAGUAACAUGAAAUUUGUCCAUACAAGUGCUUAUCUACCACAUGGUAAUAUGAGAGACAGCUUCAGUGAUUUUAAGUUGCUAUUGUAGUUGGCAAAACCAAUGCUCUAUAGUUUCGAUUACUAUACGAUGGAUGUUGCUACAUAAUUAAGUGCUCGUCUGGUCGUGAAACUGAUCAUACGACGUUUAAACUGAUGUGGACUGGAUCGUUUAAAUGAGUGGGAAAUGGGGAGCUAAAUGGUAAGUGCCUAAUAGGUAGGAGU